CAGGAAGCUGCAAGCUGUGGAAAAAUUUCUCUUUCCACUUACUGCCUGCUUGUUUGCUGAGGAAGAAGCAGCCCUUGGCCCUUUCCUCUGUGCAGAUUCUCCAUACAGGCUGUGAGCAUGGCUAUGAGAACUCAUUUGACAUGGCUGCAAGAAAAGUGCCUGCAGAAUUACUUUGGAGGGAAACAGUUUUGUCUUCUUUAUAAGGCGAGUGUGCAGAACUUCCGUCAUCAGAGUUUACUCUGGACAUGUUGGGAACACGGUCCUACCAUGCUUGUGCUUUAUAGUAAAGACAGUGAAGACUGUGUUGUUGGUGCCUACCUGGAGAAGGGCUUCCAGAAAGAAACCAUUUCUAUCACUCUUUUUGCUCUCCGAGAGACUGAAGUUUCAGAAUGCACAAUAGGACCAUAUUUGCCAUCUUUAUUGUUCUUUGAUACAGAGACUUUUGAUUGUAUUCCUGAUUUCUGUAUAGUGUUAGGUGAGGAGAAAAGAUUGACUCUAAGUUCAGAAACACUUGAAAAGCUCGGACUGCCUCUUCGAUAUUCUACCAUGUCUAUUCAGGAGUGUGAAGUUUUUCGAUGUGAAGAGUUAUUGGAUGAGAGAAAGACAAGAGACUUUGAUUUUUUUAAUAGGUUGCAGAAUAGUUUAUUGCAUGCCCUGAGAACCUAUCAGCCAUAUGGAGACCUGGUUCCCCAAGCACGGAUUCUGCUGCUGGGUCCUAUUGGAGCUGGAAAGUCUAGCUUUGUCAACUCAGUCAAGUCCAUUUUCAAAGGCAGCAUCACACACCAGGCCAUGGUGGGCUGUGACAGAAAUGGGAUAUCUGAUAACUAUAGGACAUAUUCCAUCAAAUACAGGGGUGAUGAUAGCCCCCUGCCAUUUGUUCUGUGUGACUCUCUGGGACUGAGCCAGAAUGCUGGCUUGCACACAGAUGAUCUAGCCAGCAUCUUAACUGGCCACACUCCUGACAGAUACCAGUUCAAUUCCAAGAAACCAAUCACCCCAGACCAUCCAAACUACAUUCAUGACCCACUGCUGAAGGACAGAAUUCAUUGUGUGGUGCUUGUAUUUGAUAUCAGUUCUGUUGAACAUCUCUCCUAUGGAAUGGUGGCAAAGAUAAAAAGGAUUAGAAAAAUGUUGAUAAAAUGUGGCUUUCUGCACGUGGUUUUGCUUACGCACGUGGAUCGCCUGGAGCUGAUUUCAAAAGGAAACCUGAUAGAUAUAUAUAACUGUGAGCCUGUAAAGCUCAAGCUAGAAGCAUUCCAUAGAGACUUUGGUUUUGCCUUUUCUGACAUCUUGGUGGUUAGUAAUUAUGUCUCAGAGUGGGAUUUGGACCCUGUGAAGGGCAGGCUAAUCCUCUUGGCACUGAGGCAUAUCCUGUAUACUGCCAAUGACUUCUUAGAAGACUUGCCUUUGGAUGAACAGAAAUCAGAAGGGAAAUGUUCCCGUGUGUGUGAACAGAAGAAGAAAUAAGAGAAUUAAUGAUAUAGCAGCGAUUAACUCAUCAAUAGAACGAACACUGGGAAAGCAGGGAAGAAGGACCUGGGACCAGAAUGUGUGUUAACUAUGCCAAGAUCAAGUACAAGUGUAAAAUAACAGUGUCUUUGAUAAACAGAAAAACAAGAUAAAAGUAAAUGUUUAUAAAAAUCAACCAUAAUUCCUGUUUAUAUGCUGUAUCUAUGAAAAAUAAAAUAGUUUCUUGUUGUAAAACCCAAA